GCAGGAGCCGGGGGUAAUCGCCUUGUCCCAGCGCCCAGUGCCGUGGCCCAGGGCAGGCAGGGUGUGUGUAUGUGUGUGUGUGUGGGUGUGUGGGUGUGCUCGGUAUUUGGAGCGGCAGGGAGAGGCGUGGGCAGGGAAGUCUGUGCCGCCCCGCUCUGCCAGCAGCAUCUUCUCCAGUGAAGCGGAGGAAGCUCUCUCUCACACACACACACACACACACAGAGCAAGCAGCAAGAUGAUGAACCCUGGCAUCUUCUUCUUCAUCAGUGUCACCCUGGCCCGGGCAUCCACCGAAGAGCAUCCAUGUAAACCCAACCCUUGCCAGAAUGGAGGGUCAUGCCUGGCUGGAAUCUCCUCGGAUCCCUAUUACUGCAUCUGCAUGGACGGAUUUACUGGGAAAGUCUGCGCUGAGGUGGAGCAAGGGAGUGGUGCAGAGGAACCCACCGUGUACACGUUGGAAGACAUAAGGUAUAACGAUGUCACUACAUACUCCAGACUCUCAGGCCCCUGUUCCCCUAACCCCUGUCAAAAUGGCGGCCUGUGUGAAUCUAUAUCACGCAGAGGUGAUGCCUUCAGUGAAUACAUCUGCAAAUGCCCCACUGGUUUCCAAGGUGUUCACUGUCAAACAAAUAUCAAUGACUGCGCCUCUCAGCCUUGCAAGCAUGGAGGGAAAUGUGUCGACCUGGACGCGGAUUACUCGUGCAAUUGUCCAUCUCCAUACAUUGGAAGAACCUGCCAUCACACGUGUGUGUCUGCGCUGGGGAUGGAGGGAGGAGCGAUUGAAGACCAUCAGAUCUCCGCGUCGUCCGUGCACCUGGGAUUCCUGGGCCUAAAACGCUGGCGCGCAGAGCUAGCCCGACUCAACAACAAGGGAAUUGUCAACGCCUGGAGCAUGGCCACCUUCGACCAUAACCCCUGGUUUCAGGUCAAUCUGUUAAGAAAGAUGCGGAUCACCGGCAUCAUAACACAGGGAGCCUUGGCAGUGGGGGCUCCGGAAUAUGUCAAAGUCUUCAAAGUUGCUUACAGUUCUGAUGGAGUCAACUUCACCGUUUUCAAAGACAGUGAGAAAAACAAAGAUAAGACAUUUACUGGAAAUCGCAACAACAACGGGCAGAAGAAGAACCUGGUCGCCCCUCCCAUCAUCGCUCAGUACAUCCGCCUUAUUCCCGUGGUGUGCCAGAGAGCCUGCACCCUGCGUAUGGAGCUAAUAGGCUGUGAACUGAACGUUUACUUAAACACAACAGGUUGUUCGGAGUCGCUGGGGAUGAAGUCCAGGUACAUUGGCGACAAGCAGAUCUCUGCCUCGAGCACGUACAAAAUGUGGGGGAUCGACGCGUUCACCUGGGCGCCGUGCCUGGCCCGCCUGGACAAACACGGCAAAACCAACGCCUGGACAGCGGAGAUCAGCAAUAAGUCUCAGUGGCUGCAGAUUAACCUUCUCGUUCCAAAAGAAAUCACUGGCAUCAUUACUCAAGGAGCAAAAGACUUUGGAGUGCAUCAAUAUGUGGAAUCCUUUAAAAUUGCCUACAGUGAUGAUGGGAAGUCGUGGACUAUUUACAAGGACAACAUAACAAGAAAAGAUAAGGUUUUCCAGGGCAACUACGACAACUACAGCCACAGGCGCAACAUCUUCGAUCCACCCUUCUACGCCCAGUUUGUUCGGAUCGUGCCUCAGACUUGGCACGAACGCAUCACACUCCGUGUGGAGCUGCUGGGAUGUCACGACUAGACCCUUGCUUCUUGCAUGCAACAGCGGAGUAUCUGAUUUAUGUUAUAUACGCUGACCUGCAUUAAUGUAUUGUACCUUUUAUACACACUGGAACGCCAGCUUCAUUUUAUAGUCACAUUUUCACCGCCACAGGCCAAUUGAACACAAUUGAAAGCACGAGAAGGCAUUUAGUAGUGUUCCCGCACUUCCGCUUGUGGCUAUCCCCACCCAUGUGUCUUUUGACCUCUUCAGAGAUUGUCCAUGGUCAGUAAUGGGAAUCUGAGCUGGCAAAUGGAGUGAUUGAGAGGCCAGGUUAGGUUACCCAUUUAUCUACCCAGUGAGUGAAAGAGAUCUUUCAGAUGGAUGGUCAAAACACAAAAGUGCCGGAGUUACUCAAUGGGUCAGGCAGCAUCUGGGGAGGCAAUGGACAGGCGAUGUUUCCGGUUGGGAUCGUUCUUCAUUCCAAUUGGACAACAUUUCGCUUCAGGAUCCUUCCUCGCGCUGCUUCACGAGCGAGGUGACCCGUUGAGUUCCUCCAGCACUUUGUGUUUUGCUCAUGUAUUCUAGCGUCUGCAGUUUCUGAUGUUCAUCUGACUACCUUGCAGUUGAGAAGCCCAUGGAAUUGGGACUGAAAUUGGGAGCCCAUCCUUUGGGAGAGGCUGAGGUACAGAUCCAUGUUCCAUCACUGCCCAUCCCCUAGAACAUCCUUAGAUCAUUAUUGAACGCCUGCUGCCAUUCCAGUGUGGUGGGACAUGGACAGAUGAUUCACUGAAACACACGGGCAAGAACUUAUUAAAACCGGCAUAGUCUUUGUAGAUUCUGUAUACGGGGGUUUAACCUUAGAAAGGUUUCAGCUUACAGGGGGUGGAAUACUAACAUUUUUGCCAUGACAUGAAAUGGACGUUUGUCCAUUAUCCAACUCAGCUGAUCCUCACUUUUGA